AACAUAACCGGAAGUCAUUCACAUGUUCCAGCUGACUUCAUAGAAAAAAUAGUGGACGAACUCCGCAGAGUUAAUGUUCUGAGAUACUGACCAACACACUUUGGCAACACUUAGCUAGUAUUCCUUUAGUAGCUAGCUGGCUAGCACGCUUAAAGGGAGUGUAAAGAGUGUAAAGAGCUAAACUAACGUUACGGCACAUCGGUAAAACGGCCCGGUGAACUUCAGCUGACGUCCACAAGUUCGUGAGGAGCAGUUCCAGUCAUCUCACCUGAUCUGAGCCUCCCAUCAUCCUCAUCUACUGAUCUCUGAUCUGCCAGCAUGGCUAACACCGACUCCCUCAAUGUCCGGGUCUUCUCCCUGAACUGCUGGGGGAUCCGCUACAUCAGCAAACACACGACUCAGCGCUACGCCAUGAUUGGAGAGCUGCUGUCCAAGGAAGAGCACGACAUUGUCCUACUGCAAGAGGUGUGGAGUGAGAAGGACUAUCUCUCCUUGAAAAAGAAACUUGCCCACUGUCAUCCUCACUCUCAUCACUUCAAAAGUGGAGUCAUCGGCAGCGGAUUGGCCAUUUUCUCCAAACACCGGAUCCAUGACACUUUUCUGUAUCGCUACUCUCUGAAUGGUUAUCCUUACAUGGCUCAUCAUGGCGACUGGUUUGGCGGUAAAGCUGUUGGCAUGGCGGUGUUGAAGCUGGGCAGCCUGACCGCCAACGUCUACGUGACUCAUCUGCAUGCAGAGUACUGCAGGGACAAGGACUCGUAUCUCCCUCACCGGGUGGUUCAGGCCUGGGAGCUGCAGCAGUUUGUUCGUCACACCUCUGCCGGAGCCGAUGUGGUGAUUCUGGGUGGGGACCUCAACAUGCACCCCGAGGACCUCGGCAGCAGGCUACUGAUGUCUUACACUGGACUCCGGGACUCUUACUUGGAGUCUGCUAAGUUUGAUGGAUGUGAGGAUGGAAUGACUCUGAUAGCUGACAACGCUUUCAUUGGUAAAGGGUCCAUCGGUCCAUUCGAGAAAGGAAUUCGAAUCGACUACAUCCUGUUCAAGGGAUCGUCCAAAACGGACAUUUAUUGUGAUUUCAUGUCGACCACCAAAGGCUCCGCCCCUGACCACGCCUUCCCGUACUCUGACCACGAGGCUCUGACCGCCGCGUUGAGAGUGGAGACACACACGCCCUCUGAGACCCAGCGGGACGGGCAAAGAUCGUCCCCGAAUCGGGACGCUGCUGCAGGGAAGACGGCCGGGUUGGUGGACAUGGUGACGGAGGCGCGUACUGAAGUCAAAGUGGGCUUGCACUGCGCUGAGAGGAUGCGCCGCACGGCGACGCGCACCGGGGCCAUGGGGCUGGCCCUGCUCUUCCUGGAGCUGGCCAUCGCCGCCGUGCCCUGGUUGGCCCUGGGGGCGGAGCAGCCCUUCCCUCGCACCUCCUUCUACCUGCUGGCCGCGCUGUGCUUCGCCAUCCUGGUCACCACCGCGCUGCUGUACGUCUUCUACAGCACGGAGCUGAAGUCUCUCCAGGGGGCCGAAGACCAGAUGAGGCUGGCUGUGGGAGGUCUGCAGGAGCAGCUCCGGGGGUCCGCAGUGGCUCAGCCACACGCCGGCCAGCGGGGGGCCCCUGAGGGCCGCGGGCCCGGCGCCCGAGGCCCAGAGGAGGGAAACCGAGUCCCGCUCACAGAUCCCAUGAAGUGAGCUUUCGGAUGGACGUUUGAGGAGGUUUCAUCCUGUGAAUGUGUUAUUACUGAGAUUUAGACGUGCACUGCAGAAAGAGUUUCCAAAGAAGGUUUCUGAAAGUAGUGAAGGACACGCUCUCGCUUUGACCUCUUUUUUUUCCCCUACUUUUUCUAUCCUGGUCACCAGCUUUUAGUCCUCCCUGUUGCAUGGUAAAUGAUGUCCGUGCCACUGCUGCUCCUAAAGGUCAUAAAGGUGACCUGUUGCGUGCCUCGAGCCUCACGCCGUGUACCUGCAUUCCACCAACCGGUACUUUCAGCGGGACCAGUUCUUUCUGUUCUUGUUCUUGGGAUUUGGACACAACUGCCGUGGGUCCAGAGUGUCUGCUGACACUCUGGAGGUCCGCGAUGUGCGUUUUGGUCAGUAACAGUUUGUCUCUGCAGGACAGAUUGUAGACGGCUUCCAGCAGCACUUAAGAACCAGGAUCCUAUGCACCAGUUAAGACUUUUUAGUGUUGUAUUUAAAGGAAAGGGACACACUGUAUUGGUCUCAUGUUCACUGUCCUGCACUGCUAAGCAUCUUUAUGCAUCAACAUGUUCCCACAUGAUGUUUUUGUACUGUAGAAAGUGGGCAGGACACUUAGUCGACUAACCCAAUGAACCACUUCCUCAAAUGUAACAUAGCAAAUUACUCAACUAUCUACAUGGCUGUUAAUCAGUAUAACGACUCACCAAAAGCCUGACAAUGACUGAUCCUUUUUUAACUUUAUUCUUUCACCUCCAUGCCGGAGAAGCACCUGAUGUUUUUAACUUAGUGAAGGAUGUAGCUUUUCAAUAUAAUACCUGAUGUUCAUUCCAAUUGAAAAAAUGUGACGAUCCUGAUUAUGAAAGCGAUAAUAAAGGCUUCAGCUGUGGAGAAGUG